CCUCAGUAAAACUACAAACAUCACCUCUGCUACUUUUGUCCUGAAUGAUCUGCUGACUCAACACAGACAAGAUGUCAAACCUGGGACUUUUUUGGUAUCCAUGGCUGGUUCCAGUGUUGAAGCAAAAUAAAACAACAACUUUCUAAACAUGAAUUUGGAGGCAAAGAGUGGAUCAUCAUUGGCCUUUGCAGAUGGAGGAGAGACAGAGUUGGAGCAGAAAAGGUCCCUACCACCUGUUGUUUUGGCCAAAAUCGAGCGGAACAGGCAGAGAGCACUGAUCCUGAGACAGGCCAGGCUAGCGAGCAGACCGUACCCUCCUGUUGAUGCAGGUGGCAAUGUUGCAAAGCUUACACACAAAGUAAUAGAUACAGGAGGAGGAUUCUUUCUGGAAGAGGAGGAGGAAGAAGUACAUGAAGUGAAUAAAGUUGUACAUCAACCAGGACCUGUCUUGGAAUUUGAUUACUUAUUGUGUGAAGAAUGUGGUAAAGAAUUCAUGGACUCCUUUCUCAGUAGUCACUUUGAUCUUCCUGUCUGUGAUAACUGCAGAGAUAAUGAGGAGAAACACAAACUAAUUACCCGAACAGAUGCCAAGCAGGAAUUUCUGCUUAAAGACUGUGACUUGGACAAGAGAACGCCUGUACUCAAGUACAUUCUGAAGAAGAAUCCACAUAAUACACAAUGGGGCGAUAUGAAACUGUACGUGAGGCUGCAGAUAAUAAAGCGUUCCCUUGAAGUAUGGGGCAGUGAGGAAGCUCUGCAAGAAGCUAAAGAAGCAAGGCAAAAGAACAGAGAAAAGACGAAACAAAAGAAAUUUGAUAAAAAAGUAAAAGAGCUUCGCCGAGCUGUGAGAAGCAGCCUGUGGAAAAAGGAAUCAACUGUUCACCAACAUGAUUAUGGCCCCGAAGAAUAUGAUGAUGAGGAGGAUAUGUAUAGAAAGACUUGUGUGAUAUGUGGCCAUCAGCUAAACUAUGAAAAAAUGUGACUUAAUCUCAUGCUCCAGUACACAAUAUCUAUUGAUGACCCUUGGGAGUGCAAUUAGGUGGCCACAGUUGAUCAUUGGUGCUGGCUUUGGAUAGAGUGGAGGCACCAGCUGUCAGAUGGGACAAACCCCUUUGAAAUUUUCCCUCAACAUCCUGAAGGCUCAUCCAAUUGCCCUUAGUACAGAACACACCCUCCCCCAAAAUGGUUCAUAAACUGGUGUCCUAUUUAGUGAACAGUGCUCAUAACCAAUUGCAGACACGGAUAGCAGCGCCUCAGACAUCAGAAACACACUAAAGGAAGAGAGGUCCUUUGUGUCUACUUCCCAACAAAACAUGGCCAACUCUUGUGGUCUGUGGAGGAGAGGAUUUAAAGCUACGUUUGAUUUAACGUCCAACUGCAAUGUGAUAUAUUACAUUAAGUUCACAGAGGAUAGCUUGAUAGCUCAGAACAUUAAAUUGUGAGCGUUCAUUCUAACUGGAAAAGGUUUGGUUGGGGGGGGGUUGCAUAAUAUUGUGCUUCACAAUGGUGAAAAUUACAAUGGAUUAUGAACAGGAGGAUUUAACUUGUGAUUUUCAGGCUACACAGAAGAUGUUUGCAGUGUGACACCCUCCUUAAUGGUCACUGCAAAGCAGAAAUCCGAUAAUCACAGCAUUCAACUCCAAACAUGACAAACUGAAAAGGAAUACAGAACAGCAAAUACAUCAAAUCGAAAAUUCUUUCUUGCCAUUGCAAAGGUUACGGAAAUGAUUGAUGCUACAUUCAAAUUGUUAAUUGCUUGUAAAAGCAGGCUAGCAAUAGAAGUUACUAUAGCUGCAGCCAUUCUGAUGGGAAAAGUAACUUUCAGAGGCAAACAGGGUCUAACACAUCAAUCUUCAGAGAGAAAGAAUGGUUGUGAGAUGAGAUCAUUACAAAGGUACAAGGGUGUCAAGGUUCAAGAUUUCCUCCAAAUGGUAUCAGCAUUAAGUGCCCCAAAUGUGACGCUUUAUGCAACCUUGUGGCUUUGUGCCAGUGAUAGCUGAGCUAAGAAUGUUGUAAUGUGGCCCUUGUCCUCAGUUAAACCUGAUGUACUGUAACAAGUAUUACCUAUGAACUCCAAAUUGCCGUAUCGUCCAAACAACAUCCCAACUAUUUGAGUGCAGGACUUAAAUCAGUAUUGUGCAAUAAUGCAGUUUAGUUUCUGAGGCAAACAAUUGUUGAACAUCACUGGAGUAAUGCCACUGCUUUAAGUAUUGACUGUCCCGCUAGUAAAAUGGCAGCAUUUCAAGAUUUUCCUUUCCUCACCAAUCUUUCCCUCUCCCAAAUACUACAAUGGAUGUACAACACAGAAACAGGCCAUUCAGCUCAACGAUUCCAUGCCAGCGUUUAUGCUCCACUUGAGCAGCCUCCCUUUUCUCAUCUAAAUUUACCAUCAUAAUCACCUAUUUCCUUCUCCCUCGUGCUUGUCCAGUUUCCCCUUAAAUGAAACCAAACUAUUGGCUUCAACCACUCGAUGUGGUAGCGAGUUCUAUUUCUUUAUACUAGCUCUAGGGAGAGCAAGAGGUCAACAACAAAUAGGCAGAAAGUAGAAUGCAUGAAAUGCUGAGAACAGUAGUCAGUGGCCACACUGAUAAUCAGAGAGAUGUGGAUUGACUCCUGAUCAUCAAUAAGAGGAAUGGUGGAAUGCAUGCAGAAUGACUUGAAAAUGGAGGCAGGUGUUGCAAGGAAAGAUAUGGUGUUGUGGGAAAAUGGUUUUGGCGAAUACAGUCAGGAAAAAAAGAUGGGAAAUGGAAUAAGUGCUGAUGCACUGAGUGAAAGAGAAAACGGAAAAUAGAGAGAAAAGGAAUCCAAGGAUUGGCAUUCUUGGAACUGUAAGGGCAGCAGUUUUCUUCCAAAUCCCAGAGUUUCUGUACUGUCACUGGUUGAUAGGUACACAAUUAAGUUGGACAAGCAGAGUAAUAUCUGCAGGGAACACAACAACAUCACCUCAGACCACCACUCCCACCACUAAUUGUGACUUGAAACUACCCAGAGGGUGAAAUUGGAAAUGCAAAAGGGUAAAAGCAGCAUAUCAGUUGCAGCUGUCUGGAAUGUAUUAUUGUAGAAAGAAGGCCUCAUGUGCAAGAUAUGUUUUUAAUAUUCACUAGAUUAUAAUUCUUUGAUUCAUCCCAUCAGAACUAUGUAGAAACAGGACUUCAUGAAGAGCUAUUAAUUCUGUAGAGCACCAUUUAUGGGGUUAGCAAUGGGAUGGAAAGUGGUCCGUCAGGACCUAAGAAGAGGACAGGGCAAGCUUCAGAUUCUGUAAAAUAUGCAAAAAUUUAAUCAAAAUUGCAACAUCAUCUCUUACUUGGCAGUAUUCAAACUUUACUAAACUAAAUGUCUCUGAAUACAGGUAUUGCCAGGAUUUUUCAAUAUUGAAUAAGACAGAUGUCAGGGCUUUAAAAAACUAUACCUGAGGGGUGGUAUCCUGUUUUAUAUACAACCUUGUGGUUUAAAGGUAGAAAAGCAGUUUGGAAAGAAUGAAUGAAUUCAAUAAAAGUAAUCUAUAAUCCCCAAUAGGUUUACCCAUUUGUGGUUUCUGCUUUUCUCAAAAUUUGCCCAUAGCGACAUGACUCAAAACAUAGGCCCCAACUCCUCUUCUGUAAGUCACAUUGGCAUUAAUGUGGGAAUUGGUGGGGGCUCAUGGAUUUUGAAGAGUAUAAAUGAUGCGACAUUAGGGGUUAGAUGAUCAGGAAACCAGUCACAUACUUCAGUGGCCUUUCAUAAAAAGGACAAAGCUUGGGCACAGAUACUCUGCUAAUGUAAACAGCACAAUUUUCGCUUCAGACUUAUUGCUGCUGCAGCUUCAAUGUCAGAGCCAGUUGAUGAGAGAUGACCAGCUGGUAGCUGUCUAAGUGAUCAGUCAAAAGGGAUCCUGAAGUACUCACAAUACCCUUUGUAGUACAACCAGAUGGCUUGACAGUGACUGGACCCAAUAAAUUAUAACACUGCUAUCAUCCUACAAUCAAUGCAUUUUCAUUAGAUUUGUAAAAAAUAUUCAUUUUUUUUUCAACCAUGUAGUAACUUCUCCAGUUCCUAUGUUCUGUAUGUGACUCAGAUGGAUGUAUAAAACUUUAAAACACUA